AUGCCAUACCCAGCCCGAGCUAAGAAAGAAAAGCAGGAAGAGGAGUACCAGAAAUUUCUCGACCACAUUAAAGCCCUUCAAAUCAACAUACCCUUCAUUGAAGCCAUCGCUCAAAUGCCAAAAUAUGCAAAGUUCCUCAAAGAGCUUCUAACCAAUAGAAGGACGAUGGAGGAGGUGAAAGAAAUAGUUCUUAAAGAAAAUUGCUCAGCUGCCAUGUUAAACAAAUUACCAAAGAAGAAAGGUGACUCGGGAAGCUUGACUUUGCCUUGCCAAUUUGGAAACUUGGCCACCAUCCAUGCUUUGGCUGAUUCGGGAGCUAGUGUGAACCUCAUGCCCUAUUCAUUCUUCAAGAAAUUGGAUCUCCCGAAACCAAGGCCAAUCCGCAUGGCAAUUCAAUUAGCAAAAAAGACAAUCACAUUUCCAAGAGGUAUAUGUGAAGACUUAUUGGUCAAGGUGGACAAGUUUGUAUUUCCCGCAGAUUUUAUAAUUCUAGACAUGGAAGUGGAUCCUCAAGUCCCGAUCAUCCUUGGAAGACCUCUCCUCAAUAUAGAAAGUGCUAUAGUGGACAUGAGAGACUCGAAGCUUACUUUACGGGUAGGAGAAGAUUCAGUAACUUUCGGGGUGGAUCAAGCUAUGAAGCAAGCAAGGAAUAGUGAUGACAUGGCAUUCUCAAUUGACAUGUUUGAUGAGUUAAUGGAGGAGUAUGAUAAUGAAGAUUCCAACAAGUCCAAUAUCUUUGAUGAGGAAUUUAAUGAUGAAAAAGACUUACUGGAGAUCGAGAGGCUGCUGGAAGAAGCUGAGUAUGAAUAA